AUGUACAAGAACCAGCUUCAGGAGCUGGCACAGCGAAGCUGCUUCAACCUGCCUUCGUACACGUGCAUUCGAGAAGGUCCCGAUCACGCGCCGCGCUUCAAGGCCACCGUUAAUUUCAACGGUGAGAUCUUCGAGAGCCCUCAGUACUGCUCCACCCUGCGUCAGGCGGAGCACUCCGCCGCUGAGGUCGCGCUCAAUUCACUCUCCAACCGUGCUCCUUCUCACUCCCUCGCCGCCAGGAUCCUCGAUGAAACGGGAGUAUACAAGAACCUCUUGCAGGAAAUUGCACAGAGGGUAGGGGCGCCAUUGCCGCAGUACUUUACAUUCAGGUCAGGCCUCGGUCAUCUUCCUGUAUUUACUGGGACAGUAGAGUUAGCUGGAAUUAUGUUUACUGGUGAACCUGCUAAGAAUAAGAAGCAAGCGGAGAAAAAUGCAGCUAUGGCGGCUUGGUCUUCUCUAAAGCAAUUGGCUAAAGAAACUGCAAGGUCUUCUACUGAACCAGAGAACAACGACGAACUAGAACAGAUCACUAUAGCACGGGCUCUGCGGAACUUCCGACUGAAGGAAAAGAUUUCAAUGUCAAAUCAAAAUGCACCAAUUCCAUUUCCAAAGAAGUUUCAGAUUCAAAACCCGAGACCAACCAGCCCUCAGCCUCCUGCUGCUGCUACAUCAAAGAUUCUUCCCUUAAUAUGCCAAAAGGCAGCUUCUCGAAGCAGGCAUCCUGUUGCAGCAUCCCCAGCACCAGCAGCCCGGGACAAUUCUGCGAUGCCACAACUUUCUGUCACACCAGACAGCCGAGGAAUUCGACGCCCUAAGUUCCCUGCUGCUGGAGCUGCACCUUAUGUUCCAAUUAGACAAAUGAGACCUUGCCAGGGAAUGGCACCUCCAGUGACGAUACGGACUGCAAUACCUGUAUUCUCUCCACCACCACCACCAGCAGCUGCUGCUGCUGUGUCCCUUCCAGUACUACGAGCUCCUCCUGUUCGAGUUGCACCUCCUGUGACUAUUAGGCAAGUUGUGCCAGUAUUUGCUGCUCCACCUGUUCGAAUAGAAGAACAUGUUCCCAGCCUUACCAACCUAGAACCUGUUCCCACCCCAAAAGACGAAGCUCCGACUAUUAGUUCCCCUAGUCUGGAAGACAAACUACCAGCUAAAACUCUAGAGACAGAGAUCAAGACUGAGAAAAUUCCAGCUGAAUCUGAGACAGUGCAGAGCUUGGUGCAGCUGAAAAUUUGA